AUGCCUUCAAUUAAACUACAGAGCUCAGAUGGAGAAAUAUUUGAAGUUGACGUCGAAAUUGCAAAGCAGUCUGUAACCAUCAAGACUAUGCUGGAAGGUAUGGGAAUGGAUGAUGAAGGUGAUGAUGACCCAGUCCCUCUUCCAAAUGUCAAUGCAGCUAUCUUAAAAAAGGUGAUUCAGUGGUGCACUCAUCACAAGGAUGAUCCACCUCCUCCUGAGGAUGAUGAGAACAAAGAGAAAAGAACGGAUGACAUCCCUGUGUGGGAUCAGGAGUUUCUGAAAGUAGACCAAGGCACACUUUUUGAACUUAUCCUGGCUGCAAAUUACUUGGACAUCAAAGGUUUGCUUGAUGUCACAUGCAAGACAGUUGCAAACAUGAUCAAGGGGAAAACUCCAGAAGAAAUUCGCAAGACAUUCAAUAUCAAGAACGACUUCACUGAGGAGGAAGAAGCACAGGUACGUAAAGAGAACCAGUGGUGUGAAGAGAAGUGAAGUUUUGUGCCUGACACUUGAACACUGUAAGGAUUGUUCCAAAUACUAGUUGCACUGCUCUGUUCAUAAUUGUUAAUAUUAGACAAAUGCAGCAGCAAAUGAAGUUGGUGUUAGCAGGAUAUUGUUCCCUUUGCAUGUGUAGUGGUUUUUAGUACAAAUUUAAAUCCUCUUGAGGUUUUUUUUUCCCUAGUGUAUUUGGAUGUCUUUUUACUUUACUCUGCAGUGAAUAAAACUGAACCAAGUGUGGAUUCUAUAUGGAAAGUAGCACUUAAGGUUAUCAUUUUCAUUACACUUCAAAACUGUUCAAGUCCAGUUGCAGUGCUGAGGAUUGAUUCCACUGUAAAUAAAACCACCUGAUUUCUUCCUCAGGAAGAACAAAACACUUGUAUUUACAGGGUACUGGGAGCUGCAGAAAGGAAAACUAGAAUGUGUUUUGGGGAGCUAGAAACAUUGCGGGGAAAGUAAUGCCCUUUAAGCUAACUUCCCAGGUGGUUUUUGUCCUGCAUUAAAAAAAAAAAAAAAAAGAACAAGAAAAACAAAGGAAAAAGUAUUUGACCACUUGUCCUGUUAGUCUUGCCUUAGGCUAGUGAAAGGUGUGAUCUAAAACUCAGCAAGCUCCUGACAGCUCAAUUUGAAUACUUCAACCAUGUCUUGAAGACCUGCUCUACCUGGUAGCAGAUGAAGUGUGUUGCUUUCUGCACAGGAUAGGUGUGUGUUUAUACAUGUUACUAUGAAAUGUGGAACCCAGAUUUGACCAAAAAUGACUGACAUUACCAAAGUUAAUAUAUUGACCUGUGCAUGCCAUUAGUGAGUUUUAGGCAAUCUUAAACAACCUUCGUGAUGUAGCUCCUUAAAACAUGGUUCAGUGUGUCCACAGGAAAUCUUAAUGCCUCUGUAUGUGAUACUUCAGCUUAGAGAGACUUAAUUAUUGCAUACAAAGUUAAUGCAAUAUCAAGCUUAACUUCUUUGGACAAAGCCACUUGCAACUAGUUAAAGUAACUGGUUUUCUGAUUUUUAAUUUUUAUUUUACAGUUCCCUUAUAGGGAGUAGGGAUGGUUUUGUGGUAGAUCUUUGAGGUGUGCUCUUAGCUUGUAUUGCAUUCCAUUCUCUGUAUAAACCUUAGAGUAGAAUGAACCUUAAUAAACAUACUUAUCUCACUUAAUAGCAGCGUUUCACUUCUGAAUUAAUAAAGGGCUUUUAAACUUG